CUUAUACGUAACGUUUUGAUGUGUAUAAUAGUCGGAAUUUACGGUCAAAGUUUUUAUAUCUUGGACACAUUUUUCAAAGCGUAAAGAACUUUCUGAAACGGAGGUAGUAUAUGGUAUGGAGACGUGGAGUAAAGGGAUAAGAAUAUAAUGUACAUUAUACGGAGUAGUAAAUUUCUAUGUCCAAAAGUAAUAAAAAGUGUAGUACAAAACACAAAGUUGAGAACAAUAAUUAUGAAACAUUUUAAUUAUGAACGUUAAGAUCAUUAUGUAAUGGAGGUUGAUAACACAAUAUUAUACGCAUUUUAUACGUCAUAUUAGUCCAUUGUUUGUCAUAUUUCUUUCAUAUUUUAAUCUUAAAGUGUUAUUAUUCGUUAUUUUCGAUGUUUCUCUCCUCGUGUUUGUUUUAUUUUGUUUUGUAGGAAAUAGCUCAAGUUGGUAGACCUCGGAGAAGAUGUUGAUAGCGUGAGUACGAAAGUACGAUGUCUAGGAGCCAUCCACGUUUACAAGGUGUUUACGUUGUGAUACAAACAAGAGUUCAAGACAAAUACAAGAUCACCGGGCAGCCAAUACCACUGCGUGCCCGUGGCCUACUUUGCAUCCCACACCCGAGCCGUGGCACUCUUCUUUCGAUCCCGUAUUAAACUUUAAUGAGCUAAUUACUAGAGUUUAAUAAUUAGUAUACUUCUUAUUAUGUCUAGGUAUAAAUACAAGUAGUAGGGAAUACCUAAAACUACUUCGGUCAUACGCGGUAUUGAAUAAUUGGGACGUCGCGGCUCUCCUUGUUUUGGUCGUCAUUGUUGUGGAUUGACGAGAGUUUGUCUCUGGCCAUUAGAAACAAAGUGGAGUUAAUUUAUUUCUUGAUUUUGGAAACUAGAGUAUGUAUCACUUAUAGCUUAAUUAAUUACGAAGUAUCUCUUUGGUUUUUCUCUUUAAUUUCAAUAUAGUUAUGAUUUCUUCAUUAGUUUACCUUCCUUGUUUAUUUAAUAUGUGUGAGUAGAUUUAUAAUCUAGGGUUAAGUAAACCCUAGUCAUGAUUUAUGUAUGAUUUAUUAUUUUAAUCCCCAAAUUCAUUGUUUAAUUGUUCUUGCUUAAUUGAUUGUAUAAUUUCCAAUACUAGAUUAGGGAUAAUUAGUAUUGUUAUCAUUCCAUUGUCUUGAUCGUAACGGGAGUUAGGUUUUGACGGAUUUGAAUAUUUCAAUUAAGGACAUGAAUUUCUCCACGGGAGUAGGUAGAAGGGAUUGUUAGGAAAUUAUGGUAUUGAGUUUAAUGUCUUUAAUUUGCAUGAUUCCACGGGAGUAGGUCUUGAUUGCAUAUUAGGGAAGCCAUUGAUACUCGGGAGAGGUUUAUGGUAUUAUUUAAGGUUUACCUUUCCUCGUGAACAUUUAUUUAAUUAGUUUGGGGUAGGAAUUUAUCUUUACAUUGAUUAUGCUAGUGGUGAUGCUUAACUCUAGGUGUUUUUAAUCCUUGAUUUUAGUCUUAUUAUUGAUUACGUUUUUAGUUAGAAUUAGUUUAAUUAUUCAUUCUCAAUCGUUGUUUGGUUACUCGCUUAGUAUUAAUUCAAGUCAGUUUAGCUAGUUUUUAAUACAUUAGUCUCUUGGGAUUCGACCCUUACUUGCCCGACUACAUAGAUAGGAGGUCUAGUUAGGUUAUUUUUGAUAGGCACGCGACAGCCUUGUCAAAUUUUGGCGCCGUUGCCGGGGACUAACGGUAUUAAAUUAGUUAUUUUUGAUUUAUUUCUACUAAGUAUUUUUGAUUUGGUUAGUGGCUUCGGCUAUUGCUCCUUGUUUAUCUGAUAUUUUGUUUCCAGUUUCCUUUGUUGCAUGCAAACUCGACGUGCAGGCUCACAGAGUUUGAUUCCUAUUGAUCUUGAAAUCGAGGCCACUGCACGCAAGCAAGGGGGUAGAAGGAGACAGAACAAGAACAAGAAGAAGGAUACAAUGGGUGACGAAGCACCAGCCAAAUCUCUCUGGGAAUAUGGUAUACCAGAUACAACUACUGGUGUACUUUCUAGUAUUGUCAGACCAGCUGUCACUGCUGCACACUUUGAACUGAAGCCUCAAUUUAUUCAGUUCAUCUCCAAUGAUUCAUUCUCAGGCUCGCCUAAUGACUGUCCUGUAAGUCAUAUUGAUAACUUUCUGGAGAAGUGUGACACUAUGAAGAUCAACAAUGUCACUGAUGAGGCCAUUAGGCUACGACUUUUCCCUUUUUCUCUGCGGGAUAGAGCCAAGGAGUGGUUGAAAGAUGAAGGUACAGGCUCGUUUGAUACAUGGGAUAAAUUGGUCAAGGCAUUCUUGGUGAAAUUUCUGGACCAAGAGAAGACUUCUAGAAUGAGAAAUGAGUUAACCACCUUUCGUCAAGCUGAAGAUGAGUCAUUGUAUGAGUCUUGGAGAAGAUUUAAACGUUUGCAAAGGCAAUGUCCUCAUCACGGGAUUCCAGAGUGGCUCUUAAUCCAAGCUUUCUAUAAUGGGUUGACGCAUGAGUAUCGGAUCUACAUUGAUGCUGCAUCAGGUGGCUCUAUCACUGCAAAGGUUCCAUCUGAAGCUAAGGCAUUAAUUGAGAAAAUGGCAGCUAAUGACAACUAUCACCCAGGUGGUCGGAACAGUGCUAAAAAGGGAGGUAAAUAUAAUGUUGAUGCUUUAACCAUGUUGACCAGUACUGUGCAGGCACUAUCUCAAAAGUUUGAUCAAUUUCAAACUGGGUCAUCUACGGUAGCUUCAUGUGAAGUAUGUGGAAUACAAGGACAUAUUGCUAAUGAUUGUCAAAUCAAUAAUGCUGGGUUGACAAUUGAACAAGCCAAUGCUCUUUACAACAACAAUAACCAGAGACGGCCAUUUGAUCCUUAUUCCAAUACAUACAACGAGGGGUGGAAGCACAAUCCUGCAUUCUCAUACAAGAACACUCAAAAUCGGCUUAAUCCACCACCACCGCGCAACAACUUCAAUCAACCUCCAGGUUUUCAAGCUAGACCACCUUUCAACCAGCAAUCUUUCAAUCAACAGGCCCCUCCACAACCAAAGUCCAAUUUGGAAGCUAUGGUUGAGUCUCUUGCUGCCUCACAACUUAAGCAAGACAAGUAUUGGGAAGGGCAGAUGAAGCAAAACGAUUUCCUUGCUACCUCAAUUCAACAAAUUCAAGCUCAGAACAAGCUCAUGGAGAGUCAGAUAAGUCAACUUGCUCACCAAGUAGGUCAAUUCUCAAAGACUCCAGGCCAAUUUCCGGGAAAUACUGAGCAACCGCCUAAGGGCCAGAUGAAUGCUGUAACUUUGAGGAAUGGUAGAGUGUUAGAAGACCUUCCACCAAAGGAACCUCAAAAGAAAGUGAUUGUGGUAGAAGAAGAGAAAGAUGAAUCUGAAAAAGUGGUUGAAGAAGAAAAAAAGGAACCGAUUGUUUCUCCCAUUGAGCCAUACAAGCCACCUGUUCCUUUUCCACAGAGACUAGCACAGGCUAAGCUAGAGAAGAAAUAUGGGAAGUUCCUUGAGGUACUGAAGAAGCUGCACAUCAACAUCCCUUUCUUGGAUGCUAUCUCAGAGAUGCCUUCUUAUGCUAAAUUCUUAAAAGACAUGCUCUCAAAUAAGAGGAAGAUUGAAGAGAAUGCAACUGUUUCAUUGACAGCUGAGUGUAGUGCCAUUUUGCAGAACAAGCUUCCAAAGAAGCUAGGAGAUCCAGGCAGUUAUUCUAUUCCUGUCAAGCUUGGUGAUAUUGAGAUCAAGAAAGCAUUAUGUGAUCUUGGGGCAAGUGUGAGUCUUAUGCCCUUGUCAAUCUGCAAGAAGCUUAAUAUGGGUGAACUGAAGCCCACACGCAUCUCCCUACAACUGGCGGAUAGAACAGUUAAGUUUCCCCUUGGUAUCCUUGAAGAUGUUCCACUCCGAGUAGGAAAAUUCUUCAUUCCAUGUGAUUUUGUUGUGAUGGAAAUGGAGGAAGAUGCACAGGUUCCCAUCAUACUUGGAAGACCCUUUUUGGCCACUGCUGGAGCCAUAAUUGAUAUGAAGAAUGGGAAGAUCACCUUUGAAGUGGGUGACGAGAAGAUGGAGUAUACACUCACAAACUCCAUGGGUUCUCCUUCUAUGGGAGAAACUAUCUAUAGGGUGGAUGCUCUUGAUGAGGCGAUAGAAGCUAAGGCUUUCAGUUUGCAACUUGAUGAUUCGCUACAGACAGUCUUGAUGGGCAGUGCAGAUGAAGAGGAUUGGGAAACUAGGGAGUACAAGAGGCUCUUGGAAGAGACACGAGCUUUAGCAUCUGAAAAUCCUAUCAAGGAGGUGUUGAAACCGAGAGAAUAUAAGGAGAGUUCCACGCCUCCUGAGGUAGAGUUGAAACCCCUUCCCUCUAAUUUGAAGUAUGUUUUCUUGGGUUCUAAUGAUACAUACCCUGUUAUUGUUAAUGCUGAACUUGAUGACAUUCAGAUUGAGCAAUUGCUUACUGUUUUGAGAAAAUAUAAGAAUGUCAUUGGGUACACCAUUGAUGAUAUUAAGGGGAUUAACCCUUCAUUUUGCAUGCAUAAAAUCAUUCUUGAGGACGAUCAUGCUUCUUCUAUUGAACCUCAAAGGAGACUUAAUCCUAACAUGAGGGAUGUAGUCAGGAAAGAAGUUGUUAAAUUGCUUGAUGCAGGUAUAAUCUACCCUAUCUCAGAUAGUAAGUGGGUUAGCCCGGUGCAAGUAGUUCCAAAAAAAGGAGGUAUGACCGUUGUCAAGAAUGAUAAAGGUGAGAAAAUUCCCACUAGAACUGUGACAGGGUGGCGCAUGUGCAUUGAUUAUAGGAGAUUGAAUAAAGCCACCCGAAAAGAUCAUUUCCCCCUCCCAUUUAUUGAUCAGAUGUUAGAGAGGUUGGCAAAGCAUUCCUUUUUCUGUUGGUUAGAUGGAUAUUCAGGCUUUUUCCAAAUUCCUAUCCAUCCUAACGAUCAGGAAAAGACUACUUUCACAUGCCCUUAUGGUACUUAUGCUUAUCGUAGGAUGCCAUUUGGAUUAUGUAAUGCUCCUGCCACCUUUCAAAGAUGCAUGAUGGCAAUUUUCUCAGGUCUUAUUGAGAACUCUAUGGAAGUAUUUAUGGAUGACUUCUCUGUCUAUGGAACAUCUUUUGAUGUUUGUCUAGAUAAUUUGGAAAAGGUGCUCCAUAGAUGUCAAGAAGUCAAUCUAGUUCUCAAUUGGGAAAAGUGCCAUUUCAUGGUACAACAGGGAGUCGUUUUAGGUCAUGUUGUUUCUCAUAGGGGCAUCGAAGUUGAUAGAGCAAAGAUAGAGGUCAUUGAGCGCUUACCACCUCCCAACUCCGUAAAAGGGGUAAGGAGUUUCCUUGGUCAUGCAGGCUUUUAUCGUCGUUUUAUCAAGGACUUUUCAAAAAUUGCUCGGCCUCUAACCGAACUCUUAUGCAGAGAUGUCCCCUUUGUUUUUACUGAUGCUUGCACUGAGGCUUUUGACAGGUUAAAGCAAGCUCUCAUAUCUGCCCCUAUCAUUCAGUCACCUGACUGGAAUCUUCCAUUUGAGAUCAUGUGUGAUGCCAGUGACUAUGCAGUGGGGGCAGUGUUGGGCCAGAGGAAGGAUGGCAAGCUACAUGCAAUCUACUAUACGAGCAAGACUCUUGCUCCAGCACAAAUGAACUAUGCCACAACAGAGAAAGAGUUAUUAGCAGUGGUGUAUGCUAUGGAGAAGUUUCGGUCCUAUCUGGUUGGAUCGAAGGUGAUAGUUCACACGGAUCACGCAGCACUGAAGUACUUGAUGAGUAAGAAAGAUGCUAAGCCUCGUUUGAUUCGUUGGAUUUUGCUACUCCAAGAAUUUGACUUGGAAAUUAGGGACAAGAAGGGAGCCGAAAAUGUUGUUGCUGAUCAUCUCUCCCGACUUGUCCUUGAGGGUGAAAGUGACGAGGAUCUCCCUAUUGACGAUUCAUUUCCUGAUGAGAAACUCCUAGUUAUAGCUACUACAGAGAUCCCAUGGUAUGCUGAUAUAGCCAAUUAUCUGGCUUGUGGUACUAUUCCUCACGGUUAUUCAUCACAGCAAAAGAAAAAAUUCUUUAAGGAGGUGAGAAGACAUUUCUGGGACGACCCUUUUCUUUAUAAGUCUUGUGCAGAUGGGGUGAUUCGAAGGUGCAUUCCAGAAAAUGAGGUACCAUCUAUUAUUUCACAUUGUCAUGAAUUACCUUGUGGAGGACAUGCUGGUACUACUAAGACUUCUGCGAAGAUUCUACAGUGUGGUUUUCAUUGGCCAAGCCUUUUCAAAGAUGUUCAUCAACAUGUCAAGUCUUGUGAUCGUUGUCAACGAACUGGUAACAUCUCUAAGAGGAAUGAAAUGCCUCUUAAUAAUAUUCUCGAGGUUGAACUGUUUGAUGUGUGGGGAAUUGAUUUUAUGGGACCGUUCCCUUCUUCCUAUGGGAACAAGUAUAUCUUGGUUGCUGUGGAUUAUGUCUCGAAAUGGGUUGAAGCGAUAGCUACUCCAACCAACGAUGCUCGUGUGGUAAGCAAGUUCUUUAAGAAAACUAUUUUUCCUCGAUUUGGCAUACCACGAGUGUUGAUUAGUGACGGAGGCCAGCAUUUCUUGGAAAAUCGGUUUGAGGCGAUGCUUAAGAAAUAUGGAGUACAUCAUCGUGUGGGGUUAUCAUACCACCCACAAACUAGUGGUCAAGUAGAAAUUUCUAACCGGGAAAUCAAAACCAUCUUGGAAAAGACGGUUGCGAGAACAAGGAAAGAUUGGUCUGCGAAAAUUGAUGAUGCACUUUGGGCGUACAGGACUGCUUUUAAAACACCUAUUGGUACGACUCCGUAUAGACUUGUGUAUGGUAAGGCUUGUCAUCUUCCUGUUGAGUUGGAACACCGUGCGUUUUGGGCUAUCAAAGCUCUUAAUUUUGACUCUCAAGCAGCAGGCGAGAAAAGACUCCUACAACUUAAUGAGCUAGAUGAGCUUCGACUAGAUGCUUAUGAAAGUUCAAGGUUGUACAAGGAGAAAACGAAAAGAUGGCAUGACAAGCAUAUUUUGAGAAGAGAGUUUAAGGAAGGCGACUUAGUUCUCCUGUUUAACUCUAGAUUAAAACUUUUUCCUGGCAAACUUCGCUCUAGAUGGUCGGGACCGUUCCGAGUCAGUAAGGUUUUCCCUUAUGGUUCAAUAGAGCUCUGGAACAGACAAAAUGGAACUUUUAAGGUGAACGGUCAAAGAGUGAAACACUACAGAGUUGGAGACCCUAUUGACGAGAGUGUUGACGUCACACUUUCCGAACCUUCACCGGAAUGAGUUAUAAAGGAGGUCGAGCUUAUGACCUUAUAAACAAGCGCUUUUGGGAGGCAACCCAAUUAAUUUCUAACUAAUUUAAUUUAUUUCUUUACUUUAUUUAUUUGUUUAUUUACUUUCUGCAUUUUUAUUU